AUGUGCUCCACCACAAAGGAGAGUUCCCUACAAGGACUUUUACAGCCCGCGCUUCACAGAAGAUUUGCAUCAACGGCCACCAUCCUCCUCGCUGUUUCGUACCUCUCUGCCAUCUUCCUCUCCGAUUACUCUUAUUUCUGGUCAUGGUUUCCCAUUGGACCAGCGGGCGUUCGAACGCUCUUCAUAUUCGGUAGCGGCCUUGUCGUUCUCGUUCUUCGAAUCGCGCAGUACCAUGUCGACAUCCGCACGGCGAAUUCGGCCUUUAGGUCUUUCAUGCAGGAUCUUGUGCGUCUCGAGACCUACGAAGCCCUCGUGUCCUACUUCAUUUCCAGCCUGCUUUUCUGCCCCAUUUUUCUCAAAGCCUACUCCGAUGAUACUGCCCUGCACUGGAUCGUCUAUCGAAAUGGAGACAGGGCCAGACUCAACGAGAAGCCUCUUUUCCUGGCAUUCUACUUUACUUCCUGCGCAAUCGUCCAGGCUAUCUCUCAUAUUUGCAAGGACCAGGACAAGCUGAACCUGGGAGAGGCCAAGGGAUUUGGCAAGAAAGAGAACAAGGGAGCCGGGACGAUUAGCCAAGUCCUCGCCAAAUUGCCGUCGGUCGCCUCCGAGGCUGCCUUCCGGGCGCUCGCGGCCCUCUUAACCCACCUGGCACUCUAUCAUCUCGUGUUCCGCUCGUUUGCUUGGGGUUGGGCCUUGUUCUUCUUCCGGAUGUUUUACAACCUACCCAAGACCAACAUGCUGCCGCCCGCAACACCCGCAACAUUCCACACCAUAAAGAUGAGCAUUUCGGGCGGGUUCCUGCUUUUCGUCGUCUGGCAGGCUGCCAACGUCGCUUUUUCGAGCUUCAUGGCUAGGGAGCCGCUCAAGAACGGGAAACCGUUGACGGCGGAUUCUAGGGAUCCUAACGGAAGCCUUCUCAACGGAUUGAAGAGCAAGAAGGCGACAAUUAGGCCUACGCUAUACGGACCCAUGUGGUCUCAGGUCUACUCGAUUUGCCUUGAGGUUGUCAAGUCCAUUACCACGAGGGUUGACGAGUACGGGAAGCAGCCUGUUGUGCCUCAGUUGGAGCCGAAGCAGGAAGAGCCGAAGGCGCGCACCACUGCACCCCCAAAGACGAGGCUAUCUUCAGGCCCCCAUGGCCAAAAGACGUGGAAGAGGGCCAAGGACUCGGUCCUGACGGAGGGCCAGCAAAACGCAUUCCGCCCGGAAAGCAUGGCGGGUCAAUUCAGGCAGCUCGCUCUCAAGGUCCUCCAGAACGACAAGAUUGGGCCAUUCUUCCGGCAGGAGUAUGGGCGGAGGUUGACAGUGGCCAUCCUCGGCACACCGUCCGCCGAGCUGGCUCUCUACGUCAAUGCCGUUGACGUCCUCGGCUCCUUGGCAGUCAACAGCCUAGGCGAGGAUAAGUUUGGCAACGUCCAUCGCGACGUGCUGACAAUCAUUCGCACCUUUACAAAUACUAUCAGGAAGCUUGACGACUUCAGGGCGAGCUUUCCCCUUCACUGGACCGACGUGGAGGCCAAGAAGGAGUGUCCCGAGGUGGACGCCUUACUAGAUGCGCUAAGAUCAGCGCUCGGCAAGCUUAUUGUCGAAUUUGAGCCUUAUAGGAAUGAUCUACGGUUGACUUUGACGGAUCUCCGCCUUGCAAAGGAGGCGGCUCAUGCUCCCGAAAGCCAGGGCCAGGCUGGGUCAGAGCCCGACAUGGUCGAGGUCGCCCCCCUCCUCCCCGCCGCCCACGCCAACCGGCGCGCCUCUCCCCAGGCCUUGAACAGAAACCCACCGACCCCGAGCAUCUCCGCAGCCAUGGUGACCGCCCGGGCGGUAUUCCGAUUCAUAUAUAAUACCCUGUAUACUCUUUUCUACGUGGUCCUCGUCGCGCUGCUCGUCAUCACCCCGAGCGACGUCAUCUACCGGGCCUGGGAAAACGGGCAGAUCUACAACAUCUGGAUCGUCGCCGUGUGCUACGUCUUCACGCUCGUGCUCGUGGCCUUUAUCUACGCGACGAGGCUCUACAUCAACAAGACGGCCCUCGCGGCCAUUCCGAAGCAGUGGAUCCCCAUCGACAGGGGCGACGUCCACCUCGUGGUCUACCGGCUCGUCAGGUACGGCCUCGACAGGAGCGCCGCCAUUGCGUACAGCGCUCGGCCUCGCGUGGCUCGACCCCUCGAGGCGGCAGUCACGGCCGAGUCUCGAGGCACCGACGGGACCGAUCCCGACAGACAAUUAGAGAAGCGCACGUCGCGCCUCUUUCGGCUGGGCAGGUCGAGCGAGGCCGAGGACGACGCGGCCAUCGUGUUGCCGCCGCACGAGCCCAUCUCCAACGACGUCGAACAGCCGGGAUGGGGCUCGCCAAUCUCCCCCGACCUCGCUGAUAUCCAGUACAGCACCGUCUUUGCCGAAUUUCCCACCCUCGUCGAGGCAAAGGCCCUCACCCUUGCGCCACCUGCCCAGGAACAGCCGACCGAAGCUGCCGAUGGAAAUCCCGCUUUGGAUCCCGACUUCGUUGCCGUGCUCCACCGGCCGAUCAAUAUGAGCUUGCGCGAAUACAUUGGACACCUCUGUACCCUGGGCGUCCUGACCCUCACCCCGACCGUGACCGAGUUCCUCACGUGCUACGAAAAUGCGCGGACGAUGCGUCCCUUUGACCCAGAGGCCCUCUCUGACACGUCUUCCGCCUACUACACGAGCAGUGCAUCUUCACUACGGCCGCCAACAUCGAGUAGCAGCAGUUCCUCGAGGGUAAUACCCCACCGGAUCCUCACACGGACGCCAUCGCUCGCAGGAGGAGACUGGGGCUUCCGCACGGCACCUACCACCCCGAAGAGCAGAGUUGCCGAUUCCGUCUCCAGAGCCUCGUCCCUAGUGUCCACCUUAGAUUCCUUUGCCCAGACGAGGCUGCCGUAUUCUAUGAGCGGCGGAACGUCCUCUGGUAGCAUUCGGUCCGGCCUUUCCGCCACUGGAUCCGUUGUGCGCAAUGGCGCCCGCGCCAACGAAACCGCCCGCCCCCAAACCACCACACCCUGCCCCCUCGACCUCCGCAACCGCAUCUCCCUCCUCCUCGCCACCAAGCAAUCCAAAGCGCACGCCCUCUUCGGCACCUCCCUCCCGCCUUCCGCCUCCACCUCGGCCCCGGCGCCCUUCUCCUCCCUCGCCUCCGGCGGCGCCACCGCAGGCGGCAGCACGCCCACAGAGUCCCAGCGCAAGCGGCUCCGUGACGAAGACGACGACUUCGCCGCCGCCCUCGCGCCCAACGUCGGCAUCGGCGCCGGCAAGGAUGCCGCGGCGGCCCGCCAGGCCAACGCCGCUAGGGAGGACCUCGCUCUCAAAAGAGGCUGCUGGGGAAGCGGCAGAGGGAUGAUCACGGCGCGGCGGGCGCAGCGGCACGCGCGGGGAAAUUUGCGUCCCAAGGCAACGACGACGAUGACGACGACGACGAUCAAGGCAGAAGUGGUCUCGCAUCCCAUGGUUGCGGCCGCCGCUGCCGCUGCCGCUGCCGCUGCUGCUACCUCGACUACAGACCAGCCGAGCCCAUCUCCUCAACUCGAAACCACGAUAUUAGCAGCACAGACCCUUGCGGUCGACGAGGACCAGGCCUUGUGCCAGGCCAAUGACACUACGACAGGGCAGACGAAGAAGAAGAAGAAGAAGAAGAAAAAGAAGAAUAAGGGUCCCGGUGAAGGUGGAACUGAGUAG